AUGACACAAGCUGACGGAACGACUUGUGGCCUACCGGAAGAUUGGCCCACUGGUGUCAAAGCUCGGCGAUUCGGCGGUUUGCCGAUGAAGACUUCUGCUUUAGCCACGAUCGCAGGGGAGAUGAAUGAUCGGAUUACAAUGAAGUACGUUUCCAUGGUGGCGUUGGAUAGCAAAACACAUCGGGGCCGAUGCAUCUUCGACCCAUCCGGAGUAGAACGACUUUCCUUCGACAUGCUGGCAAUGCUUUUCCUGCUUUAUGACUUGUGCUUCACACCGGUGACCAUUGCCUGGGAUUUCCCCAUGAGUGGGUGGUUGUUGUACUGCACCGCAGCCGUCGCUGUCUUCUGGACGCUAGAUAUGAUGAUGACGCUGCGGACAGCCUACUACCACGCAGGUAAGCUGGAGACAAGACCUGCCAUGAUCUUCCGCAGGUAUGCUAGGACCACGUUUCUCUUGGACUUGUUCAUCGUCUGCGUUGAUUGGUUGACAGUCUUCGCGAACACGAUCUUCCCGGAGGAGCAGGCCGGCGAGAACCCGGAAGUCAUCGGUGCAAAGCUGGUCCGCUUCUCCAAGGCGACACGUGUCGUGCGCAUCGUGAGUGUGACCCGGGUUGUUCGCAUUCAAGUUUACUUGGAGCACCUCGGAGAUCGGCUGCAUGGGGGAUCCUCUUCGAAGUAUGUGGGAGACAUGGCUCGUCUCAUCGUGAUCAUCGUGUGGAUCAACCACAUCAUGAGCUGCACUUGGUUCUACAUCGGCCGUGUGACGGUCGGCGACACGGGUACGAGCUGGCUCAACGACCCGAUCCGGGACGAGAACAGCCCGUUUUACUCGGACACCUUGCCGCUGUUUCAGUACACCACGGCCUUCCACUGGGCCAUCACACAGAUGACCCCCGGAUCCAUGCAGGCCUGCCCAUGA